AUGCCGAUGGUAGUGGAUUAUCUGAAGGAGCUCUUCACCCUUGAACUCUUCCACGACGUUGUCGCUUUGGGCUCCUUUGUUUCCACCAUCUGCGAGAAAGAUGAAUCGUUUUUGAAUGCUCGUCAAAAAUACGAAGCUCUAGUUUAUCAAGGACGAGCUCUGUACGCUUUGGGUCAGUACAAGAUGGCGGAGACUGUACUCUCCGCAGCAUUGGCUCUCUGCGCAACGUUCGAGAAGCGCUCAGACGAGUUGGGCUUCUUCGCAGAGAGCGAAACGAUCUAUUACGUUCACUUGUCGUUAGUUAAACAGCAAAAAUACAUGGAAGCUAUUGAUAUCCUUGAAGAAAUUCCGAAAAAGCGGCGGAGCCCGAAAGUGAAAUGCGCACUGGCAUCUUUAUACAAACGGUUCAACAUGUCCAAACUUUCUGCAGAGUGCUACAUGGAUUUGAUAGGUCUGGUUAUUCAUCGCCGUCUGAACAUCAUCGUUAUUAUAGAUUCCUGUCCAUUCGCCAUCGGUUCACUGCAAGAUUUGCUCAGUAUUGAAACGUCCGAGGAGUCGUUGCGUUCUCUGAUCUCUCAAAACACUGUGCGGAACGCGAAUCUGGUGGAUGUUAGUGAAAGCCUCGGCGGCGAGUGGUUCAACAUCUGGGUGAACGCGUUGGCUUUCACGUCUGUUCACAACUACGCCUCGGCACUGAAUCUCUUACAGCAGCUCGAUAAAAGGAGCGUCAUUGCCGGUUCUCCGCCGUUGCUCUAUCAACUGUCCGUUGUGUAUUAUAACAUGGGUGAAACAACGCUUGCGACCACGGCCCUGCAACGUUUGCAUGCCAUCGAGCCACUGCAGUUGGCGGGGAUGGAUACGUUGGCUUUAUUGUUGCAUUCUGUCGAGCGCUCGUUGGAAUUGGAAUCACUGGCGUCUGAUUUGCUCGAUGCGUCCCCUGACGCUCCCGAAACGUUGGUAGCCAUGGGAUAUCUGUGUCUAAGUUUGAAACGGCCUGCCAGGGCGCUCUACUUCGCUCAACGAACGUGCGAAGUUACUAACCCCCCAUGCGCCAGCAGUAUGUUGCUCAAAGGGCAGGUGUUGAUCGAAAGCGAAAAGUGGAAUGAAGCCAUCAGCGUGUUUCACCAAGCUCUGUUACUCAAUCCAUGCAGGUAUGAAUUUUAUGAUCGUUUGGUGUUUUGCCAGUUGAAAAGUCAGCAGUACCCCGAGGCCAAGGGUACCGCUUCUGCAUGCCUCAAGCUGCUUGGACAAACCGCUAGGCCGCUUACCCUCUACGGUUCUGUGUUGCUCGAAAAGGAGUCUGGGCUGAAAGAAGCUCAGCGUUAUUUGGAGAAAGCCGUGUCAAUGUCACCUCAUCCGUUAAAUGCCGUCUAUUUGUUGGCGAAUGCCUAUGAGAAACAAGGUCUGUUCGAAAACGCGAUUAAUCUGCUUCAGAACCAGACAAACGUUGAAUCGAGCUGUGCGCUUUAUGAACAACUUGGUGACUUGUUCAGCAGGUGCGCCAAUACUUCUGAAGCGAUUGAUAGCUAUCAGUUUGCACUCACUCUUGAACCAAACAACAGUGCUGUAGCUUCGAAACUUAAUGCGCUGAUUGAAGUUCCUUCAUCAAGUGCAGCUGCUGAUUCCAAUUUGGUUGCCGGUUCAUCGACCAAUGCUCAGUCUUUGCAGACGACUCCUGAUUCUACAUAA